CGUAUACCUAUCAAGAGCAGUCAAAUUCUGUUCAUUAUUUGUGUGAUUUGCAAGAAGUCAUGAGGGGGAACAUAUUAGUAGCAAUUUUAUUCCAUGUAACUUUUGUACAGUCUGAAUGUCAAAGAGGAUGGCUGCAUUUUGGGAACUCCUGUUACUUUAUAAGUGAUACUCACAAAAACUGGGCCGAUUCUGCAAUUUUUUGUCGUGCAUAUAAUUCGCGACUGGCAUCAGUUGAGUCAAGUGCAGAAAAUGAUUUUUUGACAGAUAUCAUUCGAUUAAAGAAUGGAUUAACCAAACGAGGAUACCGGAGCAUUGAUUAUGAUUACUAGAUAGACGGAACAGAUGAAAUAAUUGAGGGUCAAUGGGUCUGGGCAGAGAGUGGAAAACCACUGACCUAUACUAACUGGGUACCAGGUGUUCCUGAACCUAACCCACG